AAAUUUCGGGACAGUUUGUUAAAUUUACUGGUACUUUUUUUUCUCUUAAAUUACGGAAAAUAGGCGAUUUUUAUUGAACAUUUCUCUUCGCGUUCUUCUUGCGGAGCACUUGAAACCAUGUCAAGAAUUUGGUGUACAAGCUGUGUUGAGACCCUCUGAGAAUUUUACCCAUCAGAGUGCAGGAUUGCCUCUGUUGCUUCAUCCUGGCGAGGAAAAUCCUUAUGAUUCUCCGGUAGACGUGUUUCCCACCCUUGUCCAUUUUUAUCCCAAGUUGUUCAUUAAAAUAAUAAAGGUUUAAUUCUUUUCAUCAAAAUAUGAAAACCACGAACAAUUUCCUUACGUUGGGUAUUGAGUACAUAAUUUUAAAAUGCAAAAAAAAAAACAAUUCUCAAUUAACGUUCGGUUAUAUUUCGCAACUGAUCGCAGUUGUUUUUAAAUUCCGAUCAUCGGAGAUUAUCUCUCAUUGCUACUCAAGCUUACACAGUCCCGGAAUCUCCAAAAAUUAUGAUUGUGUAGUCAAAAAGACGUUAAAAAGAAGUUGAAUAAUAUCAAGAAGUGUUUUUGAAUAAUAUUGAAGAAUAAAUAGAGAAGCAAUUAAAAAAAAUUAAAUUAAAAAAUGGGUUCAAUAGUUAAUUUAUUUUUAAUGAUUAAUUAUAGGGAAUUUGGACAUGUUUGUCUGAUUCACUAUUACCUUUAUCAGGAUUAUUUAAUUAUUAAAAAUCAACUUGAAUUUUUUAAUCAUUUUUUUUUAAUUAUGUAGUCAUAAUUUUUCACAAUUAUCAACCUGGAACUAGAAUUGAGGCGAUGUUAAUCGAACUAAAUAAUUAAAUAAUGUUGUAUUUAUGAUGACGCCGCCAUCCGCCCGCGAAAUAAAUUUUUUAAAUUUACGGCGCAUCGGUGGUAACUUAGUGAAGCUUAAUAGCGUCACAUCGAUGGCGUCAUCAGCGAAACAUUCUAAUUCCGGCUCGCGUACCCGACGUAGGAUGUACCGGCGUGAAAAAAAGGUAAAUAAAUAAGACAGAGCGAUUUGUAGUGUCCCAGACAGAGAUUUUCUCCCGACAAUACGACAAAAAGCUAGGCAUCCGUGGAUCGUUUAAUUCCGCUCCGGAUGUUGCAUUUGCUUCCGAGGUUGAGUGCGGUGGUGCAAGUUGCUGUAUUCCGGAUUUCCCGUUGCCGUGACUCGAAGGGAAAACGUUGAGUUUGUAUUCGGCCCUGGCUCUGUCUUACUCUGGACUGCACGCUAACUCGUACUUUGAACAAGAGCCGACUGAAUACUGAUGCUGGCUGUAAUAGUUUGUAAACUGGGUCUUCGUGCACCAGACUGGUCACAACUUGGCCGAGUAUAUGAUCAUUCUGGCAGUGUAAAACUCUUUCAUGCUGAAGCUAUGGGAAAAACCACCGCUACAGAAAGAGCUGGCGAUCGAUUAACAUUCUACGUGACAUGCAAAGUCGUUAAAGGGAUUUACCAAAGUUUCUUUGAAAGAAUCAGAAAUGUCUUCAUUUUACAAGUUGAGUUUCACUGCGAGAAUAUGCAAUUGUACCGAGGGGAAAUGCAUGAAGAUCAGCUGAAACAUUGGUCAUGCAAAGUGGCUGCUAGAGAAGAAUCCCUCACUUACGGGGACGUUCGGCGUUUUACGCAGACGUGCAUAUAACGUUGCAAAAUUGGCCUCUCCAAGUCGUGACAACAAUUUGCCAGGAUAUAGAAUUUUUAACGUCUAUAUACACAAAGAGGUACCUUCGAUCCAACUAUUACGGUUUAUCUCGUAACUUCUAGCCAGCUAAGCAUUACAAUAUUUUAUUUCUUGGUGAAAAUUAUUAAUUAUAUUAAUUCAAUAAAAAUUUUCAUUACCAAACGUUAUAAUAAAAAUCCAAUU